UCAUGGCCGAAUUGACGAACGACCCGGAGCCAGGCGCAGAGGAAUGCGUCGACGGCGGCCCAACUGUGCAGUGCAGUCGCACCUCGGUGAGUAUUCCCGAUACUCCCUGGCCGUGGGAAGUUGGGGCAAGGAAAUGGGACGCCUGACGACGUGAAAUGCGGGAAAUUAUAUCGGAUCUUGGGAAAUUUUAGGUUCUAGAGAGAAAGAGAGGGGGGAGGGGAGCGAGAAGGAAAGCGGUCGGGUUUCGCUGGGUUCCGCGAUCUGCUUUACCGACCAGUCGGUGCUGAGCGGCUGGGUUGGCGAAACGUUCAUCGGCACGCGGUGAGAGGUUAGGUCGCGACACCUGACUGCCGUAAACAAUUUUUCUACGCGCAGGGUUGUCCAUCCGGGUUUACCGCGAGUUUAGGGAAAUCGUAGGGAGAGUUUUAACGUGGAAUGGUAACGAAUUUCGUGUGUCGGGAGGUGUAACCUAACUUAACCUAACCUUGGCGACGGGACUUGGGAGUGGGGAGGAAGAUUGGUGGUUCGGUUGGAAUGGAGGGGCAGAUAACGUUCAAAUCGAAAAGGGACAACGGAUGGAAGUGUAUUCAAGAUUUCGAGAUUUCAGGUUGCAAGGUUUAGUGGUGUGCCUUGAAGUGGAGGUUUAUCGUGAUAUGUGUACUGCAUUUUUGUAAUCUGACGUACUACGAAUCUGGUGGCGUGAGUUAGGUUAGGUUUUCGGCGCCAUGCAAAACUCCGAAUCGAACACUUCUUUGCACCCGGUAAGAGAUGUGCGAUGUUUCUGAUUGGGAUUGCGAUGUUUGUAAGAUUCUUUAAGCUCAGAUGUGAUUGGAACUGAGAGUGGGGGAGAUAUAUGUAAUGUUUACGAGACUGCUUUGACGUUUAGAGAAGCGUAGAGAUUUGCAAGGACAGGUGUGCAAGGUCUCUUUAGUUAUCGGUCAAAAGCUGACUCAGCUCUCUAUCUGCCUUCCAUCUGAUUUGUAUUGGCUAUAAAACUAUGAUGCCCAGAAAACAAUUUGAGUCACAUUGGUCCAUUGUUUUAUAAUAAAAAUAUAAUUCAUUUCUGUUUAGCGAUUAACAUUUUAACGUCUAGAGCCAAAUUACGUGUAUCAUAUAUUCUAGUUAUUGCAGUGACCGUUUCUUAAAAGCAAAAUACAUCUUCAUCAAGAACGUCGAGUGGCCAGUGCGGUAUGUGAUGGAAUAUACUUUUAAGAAUCCGACGUUAUGUUUGGAAAGAUGCGACAAGAUAUGGGAGACCCUUCAACUUAUCAGGAAUAUGGAGGACGAAGUUUCAGAAGAGUCAGAAACCGACGAAGAUUCUGAAAACUCGUCUAUAGAGAAGGAAAGUUUAAUUAAAAAUAAAUUAACUCCGGCAGUAAAUGAAAAAGGUUCUCCAAAGAAGGUAAGAAUCUUGGAUAACAAAGAAAAGUGUCUACCUGAGAAAAAGGAAAGUGAACCCCAGAGCCCUAUUAAACCAAAAGAGGUUGAUAAAAAGGUCCAACCUGAUACUCCUUAUAUUAAGUAUCAGCCGGUAUUAGGAAAUGGAAAUUCUGCUCUUCCAAAUUUUCACUUAUCAGUGAUGAGCGCACAGAAGCUGUUUCAUUGUAACAUAUGUGGUAAACAGUAUGUUGAAAAGCGACAUUUUAGGAUACAUAGUUUGAAAAACCAUGGUAUCGUAAUACCAGUACAAGAGAGAACCCCUCCAGCAACCAAGAGGAAGAGGAACAAGAAGACGUUUCAGUGUGAGACAUGUUCCAAAGUAUACGUUGAGAAACGAAGUUUACGGGUACAUGCACUAAAAUUUCAUGGAAUUGUAAUACCCUUGAUGAAACACAAAAAGAAAGAUCCAACAGAUGACGAACCUAUUAACAAGAAACGUAAACUAGAGGCAGAUUCAUUGAAAACCGAUGCAGCCAGCAUGGAAAAAGUAACAUUUAAUAAUUUAAGCCCUGAUAAGAUUAACAUAUAUUGUGGAAAAAGUGACAUCAGAGCAGCACAGGUUAACGAGCAAGUUGCAGAAACUAAACAAAAUGCAGAAAAUAUAGUAAAUAUUUCUCCUUCGAUGCCUACAAAAUCUAAGGUAUCGGGAAAGAAGGAGGAUGCACUUCCUCCCUCUGGAUACGUUAAGUGUGGGUUAUGCAACAGGAGUUGUAAGAAUAUUGGGAAACAUUUCAUCAAGUAUCAUAAGAUAAAACAUCCUGGGCCACUGAUUCCUGCUUCCGUUAAUCAAACUCUUCUUGAUUCCAUGGACACCGUUUUAACUAAAAGUGUCAGCGAACAUAAUCCAAAAAUUGUCGAAAAUGUACAGAUGGAACCUGUGGCUGCAUUGAAAAAUAGCGGAUAUCCGAGUACCCAGAAGUUAACCAAAAAUGGUCCACGGUCUAUCGCAAAUAGACUGCAAUGCGACAUCUGUCUUGGAUAUUAUGUGGAUCGUCAUAGUUUAUACAAGCAUCUUAAAGUACACGAGAGGCGAAAAGAGACAAAAGAAAAUUUCGACCUCUCUCAGCGUGGCAAUGGAAGAUUACGAAAAUUACAGGAUUCCAGUAACAUGGGGAGCCUUCAGAAUGUUCCAUCCAAGGGCACAACCAGCAUAGACCAGAAAAGUAAUACAAGUGUUUCAGCAAAACCUGUACCGCCAAAGAAAGACGAAGCUGUUGAUGCGACAUGUGUUUGCGGUAGGUCGUUCCGCAGUCCCCACACUUUAUUUGUUCAUAAGUUAAAAUGUAAAUCUCAUAACGACACCAAUAGAGACCCGCAACAGCUCUCCCGUAUCAGCAGUGACAGGGAUUCCGGAAUUGGAAUCAACAUAACCAUAAAGAAGAGAAACAAUUCCUACGAGAUUGUGAACAGGGAGAGCGGUGACGAGGAGAAGUCCAAGGACUCGGGACAGGAUCACUCCAAGGAUGGGUAUUCGACCUCCGAUGGCUCCGACACCAUGUCAGCACAUUACAGCGACGAAGCGUACGACGAGCAGAAUUACGAGGCUCUGGAGGCCGCCAAGUACAGUAAGGACCACAGUUUUCUAAAAUUGCAGCACGUGAAAGAAGACGAGGACAUGGAGGUCGACAUAGAAGGUACUAACAGUUGUUUCGACGAAGACUCGCAAAGUGCACCCACGACGGAUACGAAUCGGACGGAAAAUGACCGUAACAUCUCCCCGAGGACCAAGAGCAAAGCUGACAAGGUAUUAAAGUUGACACAAGGGAGCAACGAGAGAAAAACUAAUUCCCCGGAAAAAGCGGAUUCUAACAGGGAUCUAAGACUGACCGAGAGCCCGGAUGAUACUUCCCGGAAAAUUAUUCUUCCCAAAACCUGUCCAUGCAAGACAAAAUUCAAAUGCAUGGACGCCUAUUACAAGCACCUGAGCAAGGAUCAUCCACGAUGCAUAACUUGCGGGUACUGCAAGUACGUUUGCAAAAGCAUCGUGGACUAUUCCGAGCACAAGUGCUUCGUGACGGAACAUGGGCCUUUCUCCGAGCCCAAGAUGUCCAUAAAGUGUUUGCAGUGCGACGUCGAGUACCAGUCAUUUGCAUCUUUUGACUGGCACAACAAGAGGACCCACUUCAACAAGGAGCUGCCUUAUCGAUGCCCCGAGUGCCCGGAAUGGUACCAGAACAAGGAGGCGCGCAAGAUACAUAUGACCAAGAUGCACGACCAAACGGCUUGUUCGAUCUGCAGCAAGGCUCUUCACAUCAGGGUGAAGUACAAACACGAGGCGUACCACCUGGGCCUUGGAUUCCCUUGCCAUGCCUGCAAGAAGGCGUUCUCGGAGAAUGGCGUAUUGCAGAAACACAACGGCAUCGUUCACAGCUCGGAGGGGAAGAAGUUGGUGCAGUGCGCCGUCUGCAAGAAGCUCGUCAAGGCUAAGACUUACAAGACCCACAUGUACCGACACAACAAUACCCCCAGGUGCCAUGUCUGUGACAGAACUCUGUACGACGAGCGCAGCUUGACGAGGCACAUCAUGGUGAAACAUCCGACCGAUCCUUCGAAAAUCUGCGAGUCGUGCGGGGAAAGGUUCUCGAACGACGAGAAGCUGAAGAGUCACCUCGCCGAGGUUGGAUCCAAAUGCAACCUGGAGCAGUAUCCCACUCCGAACCAUGUACCUCAGCUGCACUUCAUGGUCAGCUAAAACGUUUCUAAUAUGAAACUUCCAUGAUGACGUCGUUGGACGAAUGAUACCUAUUUUAUUUCCAUGAGAACCGAGAUGUCCACGUGUUUUCAUAAUUGUCAUCCGAAAUGACGGUACCCACGUGUACCGACUGUUCCUAACCCAAAGCUGCGACAAAGCGUUUUAUGGGUCUGUUAACGCGGGGUGAAGUCUUUAGAGAGCCUCAACAGAGAGCAUGGCCCCUCGAGCGUAUUUGACAAUUGAUUAUGUGUAGAUAAUCGCAGUCGGGUGCCCAUUCGUGCUUGUAUAUAAGCUCACCUUUGCCAGAGUAAGUGAGUGUACAGUUUGAGAUAAAUCUGAUGGUCGGUAAGAUUUUAAUGAUUAUUUUAAUUCAUAUUUUAUCUAUACGCUGUGGUUAAAAAGUGGUCGGCGGAUCGCUCGACUUCUCAAGGCUUUAACGUGGGACUGAGUUAACUUUUUUAAAAGAGGUUGAAGGCCAUUGGAUGAAUCUUUGCGAUAGAUCCGCGACCAGAACCGAGGUCCCUCUGCAUAAUGCGAUUUUAUUCCGAACUAUUGUUGCUAGUUGCUAAUGAUUAUUUCCCCGAGCUUCCGAAACGCUCGGCCAUUGGUUUUCAUUAUUUAGUACACGUUGGAGAGUUUCUAGUAUUACGUUUAAUGCCUUAUUAUUCACGCUUCCCAUACAUUCGAGAGUAGAACGUUUAUUUUCUUAAUUGUUGAUUAAGUUUAAGGCGUAACGAUGAGACCAAAGCGGAAAGUAGCCACUGUUAAUCGGAGACAUUCACGCGUUUAUGUGUCUAAAUUGGGCUAAGACUAUGUACGGCUCGUUUUUCACUUGUACAUGUUAGGACAUACCGGAGAAGCACCACAUUUCUUGGUACGAUGAGGCUAGAAUCAUCCAAAAUGUUAUUCGAUUGUCUGUCAAUUAAAUCGAAAUCAUUCUUUUAUAAGUUGUGCGAUCUUGAAACAAUUGUAUCAUGUCUUUUCCAUGUUUCAUAAUGGUGUUGAGAAAUUUCAGGCUGAGAGAUUAUCGAUGAAAUAGUUGGUACCACCUCCGAGAAGAAGUGACGUCCUCACAUGAGAUCGACCAUCAAUGAUUAAUUACGUUUCAACCAUGAAUGUUUAAUUUAAGUUUCGACAACGAUUGUCUCAAAAACCACCCUCGCUCUUCCUUAGGAUGUCUUCCUCCUAUCUUCUUCCCUCUUCGAAGAUCCUCUUUUAAUUUUUCCAUUUAGCAGUUCAAAUAACUAAAUGCGUGCCUCUUCCCACCGUCGCGCCUAAUUUCGAUGAUUUGUGACACAUUUGACAGCCAUAAACUGUAAAUAAAAGUUCUUAUCCAAGAAA